AUGUCGAUACCAACUUCAGAGUUGGAAGUGCCCAUUCUCAAGCCUCUGCAAAAAUCCAUAUCGCCACGCCCAAGCCAAGAAACCAUAAAGAUCGACGAGAGAGAUCUGCCUCGAAAUCAAUCGCAAUGGAGACCGUCUUUCCAUCUAACUGCUCCAGGGUGGUUGAAUGACCCUUGUGGCCUAGGAUAUGAUCCAGCAACAGGAUUAUACCAUUUAUGCUUCCAAUGGAACCCCCACGGAAAUGAUUGGGGCAAUAUCUCUUGGGGCCACGCCACAUCCUCAGACUUGGUAUCAUGGACGCCAUCUCUUGAUCCCAUAUUGAGCCCAACAGCGGAAUAUGACUGCCGCGGCGUCUUCACAGGAUGUCUACGAGCGACUGACCUUUCCGGGAACCCGGGCGCUCUGACGAUCAUGUACACAUCUGUGAAACACCUCCCAAUCCACCACACCCUUCCGUAUACAUAUGGAAGCGAAUCACUCAGCCUGGCUGUGUCGCGAGAUGGAGGCAAGAAUUGGGAGCGACAAGAUUGUAACCCCAUCCUAUGCGGUCCGCCUACUCAUCUCGAUGUGACGGGCUGGAGAGAUCCUUGCAUCACCACUUGGGUAAAGGGGCCUGUUUCCGAUCCAUCGACUCUAUAUGGAUUUAUUUCAGGCGGAAUCGCUAAGAAAACACCCACUGUUUUCGUGUAUACGGUUGACCCCACGGAUCUCCGGAAAUGGGACUUUAUCGGCUCGCUGGUCGAUGUAGGUCUCAACCUGCGGCCAUCUCGCUGGUCCGGGGAUCUCGGCGUGAAUUGGGAAGUAGCCAGUCUGAUGACUUUGGGCAAUGAAAGCACAUCCCGCGACUUUGUCAUCAUGGGAGCCGAGGGCUGUCUACCACUGGAUAGUGCGACUCCGAAAGAAGACCCAGAAGCACGUCGGAGACGAGAAGCUCGAGGCCAGCUCUGGGUCUCUGUCAAGACAAAUCGAGAACCCAGCUCUACAGGUGCUCUGACUUCGUAUGCUUUCUCUGGUAUCUUUGAUCAUGGCUGCUUUUAUGCCGCCAAUUCAUUCUAUGAUACACAAACAGCGCGGCAGAUUGUCUAUGGCUGGAUCACAGAAGAGGAUCUGUCUGAUUUUCUUCGUCACCGCCAGGGAUUCAGUGGCUUGAUCUCCCUACCCCGUGUUGUGGGAUUGAUGACAUUGAAGAAUGUCAAGAAGGCUCGCAAAUCGGCUUUGAGCUCCAUUACUUCGAUCGAAGCCAUUCCGGAUGUUGAUACAUUCACUAUCCACACUAUGAAGAUCAGUCCAGAUAGUCGACUUGCACGUUUGCGGCAAAAGGCUCAAAUGCGCCAUCGAGCCCGCGAGUCCUUGUCUACCUUGACUGCCAACGGUGGCGCCGGUGCGUCCAUGACAUCUCGAUGGGAAAUCGACGCCAAUUUCUCUGUCGGUCAAUCUUGUUCUCGCGUGGGUAUCAAAAUCCCUCACACUGCCGAUGGUGAAAACUGCACGACUCUCUCUUGGCAUCCACUCAGCGAGACAUUCACAAUCCACCGACCAAAGAUCGAGAACAAGGAAGUCAACCAUGGAUAUGAAACUGCGCCACAUACACUAUUCACCUUUUCAGAGCGAGGCCAAGAGACAGAAGAGAACCUUAGAAUACACGCUUUCUUUGACUCGAGCGUGCUAGAGGUGUUCGUCAAUGAGAGAACUGUCAUCUCGACGCGAAUUUACCACCCAUCCAACCAAUGCUUCGAGCCACUGUUCUUCGCAGAAUCUGACGCCAUUUCAGAUAUCGAACCAGCAGUGCUCUUGCGGGCGGAUAUUUGGGAUGGCCUUGGGGUUUGA